GCAGAGGUCAUAAUGAACAAUUUUUGUCUUCAACAAUGAAUACGGAAUUGGCGAUUUUACAUGAAGUACCUUGCCGAAAUACUCAAUUCAAUAUGAUUUACAGUCCUAUGGUACAUUAUAAUCCGUAUGAAUGUGCGAUAACUGAAAUCGCACGUAAACAAAUUGCAUUUACAAAACUUCUUGGUAGCGGCGCAUUCGGAAAGGUGUUUCAAGGAAAUGUGAAGAACUUAGAAAGAUCGGGCACAGAGGUAUCCGUUGCAAUAAAAAUGAUUCGAAAAGACGCUUCUUCCGAUGAAAAAAAGAAAUUUUUAAAGGAAGCCAAGCUUAUGAACCAUUUUCAACACAAACAUAUAUUAAGAUUGUUGGCCGUUUGUUUAGAAGGGGAUUCUCCGUUACUAGUGUUGGAAUUGAUGGAAACUGAUCUGUUAAAAUAUUUGAGAGAUUGUCGAAAUUUGCAAACGUCAGAUUCGCCUGCUCUGCGUUUGCAGGAUUUUGCUCGCUAUGUGCGAAGAUGUUGCACGAGGUUGUUGCUACUUGGAAGAGUUGCGUUUUGUACACAGAGAUCUAGCGUGUCGCAAUUGUUUUAG